AUGCAAUAAUCACCAGUCAUUUUGGAUUUUUGUUUGAGGAAGACUCGAACUGGGAAUUCACAUUAUUGUGGCGUCAUCGUUUUCGAAAAGCUUCGUUUUCAAAAUGUUUUCCGUUUACACUAACACGCAAAGCCGACAUUUUCAAAUUCCGCCGGUUUGAAGAGGGUUUAGGUAAAGCUCCGUUUUCGUGACGGAUUAGUGUGGAAGGUAGGCCUGACGGUAACCGUUGAAAUAAAGCCGCGCUUUUAAAUUUCUCCGGCGUAGUGUUGACGUGGCCUAAAAGACGCAUAUGAACGCGAAUGGAAAAAAACACAAGCAAUCUAAGCAAUAGUUGAAAGCCAUCUUUGUAUGUCUAAAGCAAAACUUAAUAAUGAAAAUGUCAAGAAGAAAAGUCAUUCGUUUCAAGUGUAUUUUUAUUUUGUGUCUAGAUAUAAGCAAAUUGUUAAUUCGCGGCUACGGUCUUCACAUUUAGGGAGUAAAAUUCCAUUACGGUAAUGCCAACAUAAGAGCUGGCGAAUAAUCAUGCUAUCAACGGAAGGAAAGAAUUUGUGUGCUAUGGGAGUAAGAUGCGAGAUUCCAGUAUAAGGUUAUCAGCAUUUGAUUCGUUUGCAGAGAAGAGUAUUUCAGUUGAUGCUUGCGGAGGAUUAACACAUUUAAAACGAGGGGUGUAAGAAUAAUUGUAAUUGGAACUUCAACAAAAUGGCCUUGAAGUCUUAACACCCCCAAAACAUCUGAGUGCUACUGCUGUACACAUUUGACUGCGUUUUACAUUUAAUUCAUUGACUCUGGCGAGCCCCUUCGUUCAAGGAUCGGACAGUCAAGAAGUACUCAGCUGAUCGAUUUGUAAAAGUACCACGAAAUUACGUUUUCCCAUUACUUGUAAAGUUUUAGUUACUUACUGAAACCACAUCACGUAAGAGGCUGUUAAUCAAAACAUUCUCUACUUUAAGAAUUAUUAUAAUUUGUCUUUUGCUGCGCUAAGUAGGAAUAUGAGAGAUUUUAAUUGAUAUUCCUACUCGCUCCUUUUGCCAACAACAUAAGCAAUACAAAAUCAAUACGACAUAAUCUAGAGAAGUUUUAACAAUGCAGUUUGUCUGUUUUUACUGGCAAAGGUCUAUAAUUUUCUUUCUUUUUUUUGUUUAAAAUUUCCACCUGCAGUCAGAAGUUAAAUCAUAAACCCAGAAAGUAUAUGUAGAAAUAGGGGAAGUAACCAACACAAGGCAGGAAAUGGCUGGAAAGAAAAGGCAAGACUCUCGGCUGAAUAUAAUUGAUCGAUAUCAACAUCAUAGGGGGUAAAUACGAAUCCACUGCUGCUGAACUACAAAGUCAAAAAUCAAAAAUAGUUUCUCAUCAAAACAGGAACAUUACAGGAAAUUUAUUGGGCUCCGAGUAAUCGAUAGGGGAAGCUAAGUUUUUCUAGCAUGUGUGUUGCGUGCUUCAUUAGGAUGCCAAAUACAACAGCACGGAGGGUAGGGAGUAUAUCAGUAAUCAACUGCAUUAUAUAUAUUUCAUUGUAGGAGAACAGAUAUUUUAUUAACUAUUCGAAAUCACACUUGACUGUUGGACAGCUGCUUUUUGACGCUCUUUUGAUAUUAAUUGAAGAUUAUUUUCUCCUGUGUUCGUUUGUGUGAAAGAUGCUCCAACGGAAGCGUUAAAGCGAUCUAUAUCAACAAUUACAUUUGGUUAUUAUUUAGUGACAUCUGAGGCCAGGGGGGUAUUACAUGCGGGUAGGUGUUCAAGAAUUCUUAGUGAAAAUAACAUUGUGAUGUAUUCAAUUUAACAAUAACUUAGGCAGAAAUAAAACAUUUCAGUAAGGAUAGAUUCGCGUUAGUCCGCAACAUUUUAUUUGUAUAAUCCAUUUGAUUUAGAUUUCCGAAACCACCGUUGAUUCUUUUGUACAAUACUUCUGGUAGAUUACACGAAAAUAACCUUUGCGACCCUCUUUUAAGAGCAUCUCUAUGACUUGGAAAAUUAAAGUUGCGUGCUAAAACUGCCUCACAUGGAUGGUUGUUGUUCAAAACAAUGUCUGCUAAAAGAAUUAAACAUGCCAAACACGAAGAAAAUAAGAGAUCUUUUCAAAUUGACAUUCCAUAUUGUAGAUUUUGUCAACAACGUCAUCCAUACCAAAACAGUACAUGAUACAUGCCACAAUAGCGGAACAGUUUUAACAAUAGCGGCUGUAUUAUUUCUCGAUGGUUGCAAUUUUAUCGAGGUCGGAAGGGUGGGUGUAUAAUUUAGUCCAAACUAAAACAAAAAGUCCACCUGCAUGCAAUCAGAAUAAAACCCCAUAUAAACCUGAACAGUAAAUAUAGAGGUAGAAAACUUGACCAAAAAAGUUAGGAAAUGACUGGAAAAAAGAAAAAAAAACUCUCGCCUUUACAUGACUGAUUAAAAUGGAAAAUAAAAGGUCAAUACGAACCUAGUGCUGCCGAACUACGGAGAGAAAUUAUUUAGUCUCUCAUCAAAACAGGAACAUUCUAGGAAGUUUAAUGGACUACCAAUAAUCAGUAGGCGAAGUUAAGUUUCUCUAGCGUGUGCAAGUUGCGUGCUGCUUGGGAUGUCAAACUCAAUUAACAGCACCGUGUGUAGCGAGUAUGUCAGUAAUAAACUGCAUUAUCUAUAUUUCAUUGUAAGAGAAGAGGGAUUUAAUUUACCUUUCAAAAAUUAAGCAUGACUGUUGGACAGGUGCUUUGUGGUGGUCAGUUGAUAUCAAUGGACUGAGUUUGUUUUCCCCUUUGAUCUUUUGUGUGAUCUGUUUAUUAGAUUACCACGAUCUAUAUCACGAGUUGCAUUUGGUCACCAUUUAAUGAUACCUGAAGCCAGGGUGGUGUUAUAUGUGGGUAAGUUUUUGCGAAUUCUUAAAACAAAGAGAACUUAAAAUUGUUUUAGUGGUAAUAGCAUUGUGAUAUACUCCCUGUAAGAAUAACUAAAGCAGAAAUGAAUCAUUUCAGAAGGAUAAAACUACAGAUGCGUGUUAGCCUGCAGAAUCAUUCAUUGCUUUAUCCAUUUGAUUUAGGCGUCCGGAAGAUCAUUUGAUUCUGUUGUACAGGGCAACUUGUUCCAGUGUGACAUACUAGAUAGGUUGACCGGGUUGUUCAAAGCCCGAUUAAGCUAACGUAGGAUUAGCGAAAAUUUUGGUUUCAGUUUUAUAACUUUUCGGUGAGGUUUUCUGUUUACAUUGUUUGUCCUCCAGUUUUCAAACUACGUAAGACACAAGCAGCGGAAAACAUUUUUAUACAUGUUUAAUUAAUAUCUCGGUUAACUUCAACCGUAGUGUUGACGGGGCCUAAAAGAUGCAUAUGAACGGGAAUGGAAAAAAAAAAAAAUCGGUAGUCUUAGCAAUAAUUGAAAGCCAUCUUUGUAUGUCCAAAGCAAAACUUAAUAAUGGAAAAUUUCAAGAAGAAAAAUCGUUUGUUUCAACUGUAUUUUUACUUUGUGUCUAGAUAUAAGCAAAUUGUUAAUUCGUGGCUACAGUCUUCUCUUUUAGGGAGUUAAAUUCCAUUACAGUAACGCAAACAUAAGGGCUGGCGAUUAUGGUUGUAACGGAAGGAGAAAAUCGCAAAAGUGUGCUAAGGAUGCCAGAUUCCAGUAUAAGGUUAUCAACAUUUGAUUCGUUUGUAGUGAAGAGUCUUUCAGUUGAUGCUUGCGGCGGAUUAACACAUUAAAACGAAGGAUGUAAGAAUAAUUGUAAUUGGAACCUCAACAAAAUGACCUUGAAGGACGAGGCUACACCUCGAGAAGUCUUCACACCCCCAAAACAUCCGAGUGCUACUACUACAUACGUUGCCAGUGCUACAUAUUUAGAUAUCUAGAACUGGGAGUGUUGUACUCGUUUAUCGUCAAAAUGGUGUACAAAAAUUAGGAUUUGGUGUCGGUUUUUCAAAUUUUAUUGUCACGUCAAGGAAACACUGCAUAGAUGUUCAUCAUUCGAUUUCGAUUCAGAUAAACUUUGUCCCCACAGCAAACGUAGAACUUAAAGUUGCCUUUGUCGUCUAUACCAUUAUAUUUUGGAAAUAAUCCCAAUAUUUUCUCCCGUUUUAGUAAGUUUUAUUUUUUUCUAGUAUUCUAUUAAGAUCUUUAAAGAAUUUAAUAUUUUCAUUGUUUGUAAUGCAAUACGUUUGACUGCGUUUUACAUUUAAUUCAUUGACUCUGACAAGCCCCUUCGCUCGAGGCCAAUCAAGAGGUACUCAGAUGAUCGAUUUGUAAAAGUAAAACGAAAUUACGUUUUCAAAUUACUUGAAAAGUUCUAGUUACGUACUGAAACAACAUCACGUAAGAGGCUGUUAAUCAAAAUAUUCUCUACUUUAGGAAUUAUAAUAAUUUGCCUUUUGCUGCGCCAAGUAGAAGACAAAACAAGAGAUUUUAAUUGACAUUCCAACUCGCUACUUUUGCAACAACAUUAGCAAUACAAAACCAAUACACAACCUAGAGAAGUUUUAACAACGCAGUUUGCCUGUUUCUUAUCGGCAAAGGUGUAUAAAUUUCUUUCUUUUUUGUUUUUAAUUUCCACCUGCAGUCAGAAGUUAACUCAUAAACCCAGACAGUAAAUGUAGAAAUAGGGGAAGGAGGAAAUGGCUGGAAAGAAAAGGCAAGACAUCUCGGCUGAACAUAAUUGAUCGAUAUCAACAACAUAGGGGGUAAAUACGAAACCAGUGCUGCUGAACUAUGGAGUAAAAAUACCGUCUCAUCAAAACAGGCACGUUAAGAACGUUUAUUAGGCUUCGAAUAGUCGGUAGAAGUUUAGUACGUUUUUAUAGCUUGCGCGUGUUGCGUGCUUCAUUAGGAUGUCAAAGACAACAGCACGGAGGGUAGUGGGCAUAUCUGUGAUCAACUACUUUGCAUAAAUUUCAUUGUAAGAGAAGGGGGAUUUUAUGACUUUUGGACAGCUGUUAUUUGACGCUUUGUUGAUAUUAAUUGAAGUUUGUUUUUUCCUGUGUUCUUUUGUGCGAUCUAUCUAAGGAUGCACCAACGGAAGCGUUAAAGCGAUCUAUAUCAAGAAUUACAUUUGGUUGCCAUUGAGUGAUAUCUGAAGCCAGGGUAGUGUAGGUUUUCGAGAAUCCAUAGUAAAAAUAGGAUUGCGAUGAAUUCACUUUAAGAAUAACUAAGGCAGAAAAGAAAUCCCUUCAGAAGGGUAGAUUUGCGUUAGUCCGCAACAUUUUAUUUGUAGAAUGCAUUUGAUUUAGUUUCCGAAACAACGGUUGAUUCUGGUGUACAAUGCUUCUCGUGUUUUCUAUGGAAAGAACCCUUACGACCCUCUCUUCAGAGCAUCUCAACUACUUGUAUGACUAAAUUUGCUGUUGAAUCCGCCUUUCAUGAAAGCUUUUAAUCAAGACAAUAUCUACUUAAGAUCAGAAUUAAACAUGCCGAGUAGGAAGAAAAUAAGAGAUCGAUCUUUUAAAAUUGACAUUGUAUUUAGCUAACAGCGUUAUCCAUACCAAAACAAUACAUGAUAACUGCCAUAAUAGCAGAAAAAUUUUAACAAUACCGGAUUUAUUAUUUCUCGAUGGUUGCAAUUUCAUCGAGGUCGGAAGGGUGUGAGAAUUUAGUCAAAUCUAAAAACAAACAGUCCACCUGCAUUCAAUCCGAAUUAAACCCCAUAUAAACCUGAACAGCAAAUAAAGAAGUAAAGGACUUAACCAACAAAAGGUAAAACUGAGAUGGUAGGAAAGAAAAGGGAAAACGUUUGGGUGAAUAUGAUUGUUUGAUGUCAACCAUAUGUGAGGCAAAUAAGAACCUAAUGCCGUCGAACUACGGACAAAAAUAAGUCUCUCAUCAAAACAGGAACAUUGUAGGAGGUUUAUUACACGGGCUCCGAAUAAUCGGUAGGCGAAGUUUAGUUUUGAUAGCACACGCGUGUUGCGUGCUUCAUUAGGAUGUCAAACACAAUUAACAGCACCUUGUGUAAACAGCAUUAUCUAUAUUUCAUUGUAAGAGAGGGGGGAUUUUGUUUACUUUUCAAAAAUCAAACAGGGCUCUUGGAGAGGUGCUUUGUGAUACUCAAUUGAUAUCAGUGUGAGUGUGUUCUCUCCUGUGUUCUUUUGUGAGAUCUAUUUAUUAGGUUACAACGGAAGCGUUAAAGUCUUUAUACCACCAGAUCUAUAUUAAGAAUUACAUUUGCUCACCAUUCAUUGAUGUGCGAAGGCUGGGUGGUGUUACUUGCGGGUCGUGAAGUGAGUCCGGAGCAAAAUGUCACUCUACAGUCAACGCAUGGAACCUCUCUCAUUGUACAAUUUAUAGUUUUACUGUUUUGAGGACAAAGCGGAAAUUUGGGAAGGAAAUAUUUACAGUGUUCGGUCGAUAAGCAUGCGAUAUCCAUAAAAAAGGACAACGGCUUUAGCUGGGAGACGUAGAAGAUGUAUAUUUACGGGGAGUUUUCUUAUCUUCAGUAUCGGAUUACCGAUUCUAACUGAUGCACUCCGAACAUUUAUUAAACAUUAUGACUUUGAUGUCCUGGAAAACACUUACGAGCUUCCCACCUUAAGGAAAGGCUUCUAAUUUAACAUGUUUGACAACAAUAAUGCAAGCAACCAGACUGUUGACUCGAUGGUUGGCGAUGAUGCAUGCCCCGCACAUUUCACUACAACGGCCGAGAGAGUCGGUAAACUUAUCGCCUACAUCAUUAUAUUUGUGAUUUCCUUGACGGGGAAUACUCUAAUUAUUUACGUGGUCCGUAAAAGCAAGAACAUUCAAAGAAACGUGAAUUAUUUGAUUUUAAACAUGGCUGUAUCGGACUUGUUCACACCAGCGUUUGUAAUUCCCACAAAAAUUGUACAAAUCAUUCUAGAUAUCGGCGACGGUAGGUGGCCCAUAACUGGACUAGGAGGACAAAUAACGUGCAAGAUGCUUUACUUUGUAAAAGAUGUAACACUGCCUGUCUCUACUCUGACGCUGGUUUUAAUAGCUCUUGAAAGAUAUGUGGCUGUCGUGUUUCCCCUCCGCGCCAAAAGAAUCACAUCUAGACUGCGAGUGGCACUGAUCCUGUCGACGUGGAUAAUUAGCAUAGCCUUUCAUGGUCCUUACUUGUACAUCUUCAAAGUGGUUGAACAUGAUUCUGAAGCGUAUUGUAUUGCAAGUUGGGAGCCUUCGUUUGAAGAGCCCUCGACCGGAAAGUUUUACGCCACGUUUCUUUGCGUUGCGCUCGUCAUAAUUCCAUUCACUCUUCUGGCGGUGAUAUACACGAUCAUUGUACUAACUCUGGUGAGGCAAAGAAACGCCUUGAGAGGCGCAGUUCGCGGAGGGGUUAUUCGCGACAAAAUGAACAGAAAUGUGCUAAAGAUGGCAGUGACAAUCGUCGUCGUGUUUGCCAUUUGCUGGGCUCCGUUUAACAUUUAUACUUUUAUUUUGAUAUUUGUGUGGAACUGGCAAGCUCCUAGCUGCGUGCUCCCUGCUUUUCCAUUUAUAGCUGAAUUUUUUACCCACGCCAACAGUGCUGUAAACCCGUUCAUAUAUUUCGGCUUCGUGGAGAAUUACCGUCGUAGUCUGCGAAAUGCUCUAAAUGGCUCCAUCCUACAAACAAGUGUUCAGGAGGUCGAGAAUAGGUUGAGUUAUCGUCGCGACACGUUCGAGCUCACGACCAUUCGUCGCCAAAGAGCGCCCACUUUAGAAACCAAAGCUGCCGGAAUUCUUAUGACCUCGUCGAAAAGACUAAAUAUGAGAUGCGAAAGCGAAGGAACAAUUGUGGAGACAUUGUAACUGACUGAACACCGAUUCUUAUUCCCGAACUAGAGUUAAUCAGGCUUAAUAUAACUACUCGGAAUCCCGAUCUCUGGAACUCUCGAGAUUUCAAACCUUUGAUAAUUCAAACCAAACGUCAUUUCCCGAACCCUGCAACUUUAUCCCCGAUUUCUCAAAUUGAUCGAUUUUUUAAAGCAAUUUUCGUUUUCCUUGGAGUUCGAAAAAUCGGGAUUCUACUGUAUCUUAUACCAAUAAACCAUUGCUUAAAUAUUUUAAGGGUUUUGUGGAGGCUUUAUUUCCUGAACGAGUAUCCUUGAUGAAAGUUGUUUCGUUCCAAAAAAAUGGUCGAGUCUAAAGAGUUUUUGGUGCACUUAACAGUACUACAUUAAUUAUGGAAGGUCUCUGGAGAAAAAUGACGAGGAACGGAAAACAGGUUCUGCAGUCGUCUCUACGGAACAUUCUCAGUAAUCUGGGAAUUUACGAUAUAAAAUACAAAGUCAAUUCUAUGGUUGGUGGCUAACGCUGGGGGAAAAGUUAAAACAUAUGCUUUAAGUACCUCAAGCAUUUUACUAGUCUUAUCUCAAUGUGAAUAUAUCGAGGCUAUCUUUCAGUUCGUGACAGCUUAUCAGUAUGCGGGGAGUGUAUCACAUUAAAAAGGAAAAUAAAUCACAAAAAUUUAGAGAGGAAGCCACAACAGCCUUAGCUCACUUUCAAACGGGGCGUCUAUCCCGUUUGAAUAUGGGGAGCAAAACAGAAGAGCACCGCCAAACAAUUACAGCACCAGGCCUGAAUCGCACCCACGCAACACUGGUGGAAGACUAUAACUCUCUGGGCAAGUGGUGGGAGACGAGCUCUCUUGUCAACACUGGAGCCGGGAGAAAAGCUCUCUCAGUACUGUGCCACCAUCCCUGCUCACCACAGUUGAAUCUAGUCCUUGCUGCCAUAAGCCUUCCGUAGUUACGUGGUAGAAUGUCCAUCCAGUAUGCAGACCGAUAAAGCCAAUCCUUGUUAAAAUAUUUGCUACGUGAGCACAAACGAUUACGUUUCUGAUUUAGCUACAAGAAUAUGUGAAAAAAAAUUGUAUGGGCUUAUUAGCAUUUUUGUCACCAAUAAAUUCUGCAGUUUUUUAAAGCCGAUAUCUCCUUCAAUAUUACUCCCAAGGAGCUGAAGCUUUUAUCAUGUACUAUAUUUCCCUAGCUCUUUGACUCUUUGGAAUCCAUUCUUAUCGAAUGAAAAUGUAAACAAUGACAUCAGCAAGGAUCGUCAUAUAUUCCACUCCUAAUGGUGGAACUCGAAAUUCUUCUCACGAGAGGAUUGCGUUAUUCAUUGAUUGCAUGUAAUGUCUGUCUCAUUCUAUGACUUGUUAUGAGACAAAAUUCAGCGAAAUACAACAGAGUUACAAAGACCAUCCGAUAAGCAAGGUACUUCAACAACUGUCAAACGGAGCGGGCGACGUUUUUGUCAGAACAUCAGCACAGACGUUUUUUAUUAGUCAGCCGACAGUCAUCAGUUAUAAACAUGUGUCGCAACCAGUUUGGCUGUCGGUUAUUAAAAUUCACUACUUCUUGACACUCAAGUCCUGUCAAAUGGAUAUCAUAUGUAUAUUUGCUGGGGCAACUGAGCACUUUGCAGCUUAAUAGAACGUUUUCAGUAAAGAAAAGAGGCGCUAUGUUUACUGUGUUCACGUUAUUACCAGGUCACAUGUAAUUUACUUUACGAUGACUAAGAAAAUUACUUCAUUGUGAGAGGCUGAGAACAGGCCAAUUUAUCGUUAAUUCUUAAUUUGCACUGCAGGGCAAAUUAACGUGCACGCAUUCGCAAUUUUCUUGGUCGUAUAAUAAAUGUGUAGUCCUGUGAGAGCUCGAGCAAUAGGCCAUGUUCCAUAUAUCAAUAUUGUAACAUGGCUCCGAGGCUUUCAGGUCAAAAUUGUAAAUUUUGUAUCUAGACUUAGAUACAAAGAAAGCAACGCCAAAUAGAGAAGUUUGUCCAGAACGCCUCGGAGCCAUGUCAGAAUAUUGCAAUAUCGUAUGUGGCCUAUUAAGGAUUUACACUAGUCGUGAUAUUUGACAACUCUUUCAAAUUACACUCGCCCAAAAGCUCUUUCAAUUUAAGAGAAUUUUUCAAGUAUCACUCGUAAUGUAAAUCCUUAAUUGCGCUCGCAUUCAAACAAUAACCUAUACUACUUUGCACUUGUGCAUGUGUAGUCCCGUGGCAGAGUUCUCGCAAGUUCUGCAAAAACAGCGGGCGAUCAGUAUCUAGUUUAGUGUUUAGUCUCUAUGAUCAUUUUCAGCGUUUGGGGUACAGUAACGAGACUCUAUUUGCCGCAACAGAGCCUGUCUCAGUACUUAGUAGACACUUGUAAGGAUUACAAUAAAAAUCACAACAAUAAAACAUCAUUUUUUCUCUGCUGGGUGGCUUUCAAUGUUAACAUUUGCUGCUAUUUAUUUUUGGCCCACCAGUGGCUUUCUCCGUGAAAAAAGGAGCUGAGACGAGGGUUAAAAGAUACGUGACCUUAGAUGAUUUUCCAGAAACUCUCUUCCAUCAAAAUUUGUACAGAUAAAACAAGACAAUCCACCCGGAGAACGACUUUAGUGGAAGGACUUUAGGCUUUUUGUGUUAAAAAAGAAAAAAAACUCUGAUAACCCCUCACUUCUUUUCUCAUUCUUUUCCCACCACUUUAUUUUAUUCACUUUUUCCUAACUUUCUAUUUUUUUUAUUUAUUUAUUAAAAACACUUGUAAUUAAAUCUUGAUAGGCUGGCCCGCCUAGACUAGCACUAGCUAUCUGCAGGACAGUCCAACUGUGAAAUAAAGAUUAAUCGAUUGAUUGAUUCAACUCGGAGCAAGCUUAGCAUCUUGCAAAGGACGGACGGGAAUGGAGAACGGUUUUGAUUCUAUGCGGCACCUAAAGGACUGAUAUUAAAACGCUAGUUUUCCUGUCUUCUUUAGAAACCGCACGAACUUGCGCUCCUUUGCUAGGUAAGUAGUUGACCAAAAAAAGGAGAACUGAUAACGUGUGAAAAUAUCGUGCUUUGUUCAAGUCACAGUGUGUAGGUGACUGUCUGUAAAUAAACAAUUAACUUUUCGGUUUCUUGGACAACUUUAGCGAUGGACUCUCGCUCGAAGAUCAAACAGCAGUUGAUUGUUGUUAUCUCUCUUGGAGGCAUGAUCAAUUAAGAUAUAUAUUUUUCUAAAGUCAUUAAUAAUUAAUAAAUUGCUGUAAAACACGUCUACUUUAGCUGAGUGUAUUUUACCGCCGGAGUAGGGGAACUUCGAUUAAAGUUUUCCUGUUGAAACCGGACUCUCCAUGGGGCUCCAUAAAUCCUUUACCCUACCACGUCCUCAGUUUUUGUUCUUUCUAGUCCUAGUUGCAACACUCCUCCUCAUGUAAAUACACAACUCGCAAGCUCCUUACCAUUUAGGUCACAGUUGAAGCAUGUUUUCCAUCUGCAAACCGCACGUACUACAACAUCUAAGGCAUUCCCAACCCUCGUUCAAUCAGUCAAGCAAUCAAUCAACACUUUAUACACGUUGCGCCUAAGAGCUACGUAAGUUUGAUCAAAAUUCGAACGAGUGUGCAACAAAAACAAAUUAACAACGUAUAUCCUAGAGUCCAACGCAGUGACUGAUUGAUAAAAUCGUCGUUGAUCUGAUUGGUAAUGUGGUAAAUGAUCGAUUUCGCAACACCUUUUUUGCCGUACUUUUAAAAAUGAAAAGAAAAAUGCUUCUGCGAUGAUGACAACGCUGAAGAAAAAUCCCACCUAGGUUCGGGAGAACUUUGAAGUCCUUGUGAAAACGCACGCUGCUGCUAUAGGAUACCAGUUGCGUUCACACCGACUUUGUAAGUUUGCACGGAGAACAUGUAAAUAAAAGCUGUGGGAAAUCAAUAAAUGCAUGGGAAAUCAAAAUAAAGGCAACACGCGUUAGUUGUUAAUAACAAUUUUCAUUCUUAGGUAAAUGGAAAUUAAAGAGGUGACUUUAUUGAAUAUCACUUUUAAUUUUUUC